CCGCCUGUUCUUGCUGUAGUUACUGGAAUCCCCAGCAGAGGCUGUAGCUGCCCUAUCAGUUCAGUUUGAAAGUAGGAGCAGAGUUGGUUAGGCACACAGGUUAUGUCGUAAUUUUCUGUGAUAAUUUAAUUAUAAUUUGGCAAGAAAAAUGUUGUCCUACAUAAGUUCUAUUUGGCAGUUUUUGAACUAUUGGUACUUUAGGUACUUAAUGGUUACUGAAUUAUACAUGGUUGAAAAGUGGGAAAGAGCUUUUUUCAAUACCGUAAUAGUUGUCUUCCUCUCCAUACUGUCAUAUUUCAAUUUAACUCUUCUCCAGUACACUUCAAGGCUUUUCACUUCUGAAAGCUACAAUGUAUCAGAAACUUGACUUCAAGACUUGCUCCUAUGAAACUAAUUUUUUAAUUAAAAUACAUAUCAUUCAUUCUACAUCAGUUUUUGUUUAUUAACCUAUAGCAGUCCAUUCAUUAUUGAAACAUAUGAAAAUUUUAAAUUGUGCAAAUUUCAUAUUUAUUUCUUUUCAAAAUUAAUCGCACAAUGUUAUUUGUUUUUAUAUGUAUGUUGUGAUGUUUUAUCAUAUUUAUCACCAACAUGUCACAUUGUACUUCCUUAAUUCUGUAAUUACUAGGAUUUAUUAAUUUUUAUGAGUAUUUUGAUAUAUUUAUUAUCUCGAUACAGUUUUGACUUUACAGUAUUGUUCCAAUAAUUGUUUUUUAAUGUUUAAUUUUGUUUGAUAUAGUAAAUGUAUGAGUUGUUUAUAUUUGUUUUUAUAAUAUUAUCAUUAUUGUUUACAAAUGGUUUGAUUGCCUAUAAAAAAGUAUUACUAUGUGGGUUAUGCAUGGCAAUGGCCGGAGACAAGAAAUAUUUAUCCUGUUAGAUUAUCAUACCUAUUUUUAUUAAUAGUUAUAAAUAUUGUAGCUUAACAUUGUUAUUGCCUUCUAUUUGAUAUACUUUCUAUAAAUUAUAACUGAUUAAUCUUCCCUAUAUUAUUUGACACUAUACACGCAUUAGAAUAAACCUUAUUAUUUAAAAGAGCUUGUGAUAAAAAUAUUAAUUAAUGGAAAAAAUUACUCAGGGUAUUGAAUUUGUUUAUAGAUCAAGUAAAAAACAAUUCUUACUUCUUAUAUGAGUUAAAUAUAUAUAUUUUUAAAAAUUUAUGUUUAACUUUAUAUCUUCAAAGGGUAUUUUAUAAUCCUUGUAU